GCCGCGACUCAAGUAAUCGAUGAGGGCCGGUCUCACAGCAAACUCAAUCGCGAUCCAGUCGCCCUAGCUGCCGGUAGUUUGCAACCCUUCGUGUGCGAGUGUGUGUGUGGUGCCGGGAAACGCGCGAAAAAUCAUUCGACCACUGCCUCGCUCUAUUUUCACUUUUGCACUGAGUGGCAAGUCUACGGGGUCGACGAGGGUAUCCGGGCUUCGAUACACUCCUAGGAGAACUUUAGUUGACCCUGAGCAGAAUGUCGGUGACAGGUCGUAGCGCGUAAUCCGUCGGAGAUGACGUCCUCGAAGGAGGGUAGCGGGGGUGAUAUUCCCACAAUCUUCAAUCCCCGGGGCGGGGGCGGUGGCCCGACAGGACGUCAGAGGACACCGAGUGUCCUCAUAACCGACGACAGCGUAGCGAACGGACCGUUCUCGCACGCGGACUCCGUCAGCAGUCAGCAGGAAUCGGCGGGUGAACCGCUCACGCCCCCGGCCCCCACCGGACUCGCCGGAAAGUUGAAGAGCUGCUCCACGUCGAUCUGUUCCAAGAAUGCCAGGAAGAUCUAUUUUGGAAUCUGGGUAACUUUAUGUGUAACUGCAUCGUGGGUAGGAACAACUCAUUCUAUCAAAUACUUGUACCUGAGGAGACCAUACGAUGAAGAAGUUGAUGACACAGUUUUGCUACCCCACGAUACUUCUGGUAUUAAUAUGACUAUUUUACAAACAAGAUAUACAGCACCUUAUCAAGCUCCAUUCUUUACCACGUGGUUCGUAACGAAUUGGACUAUGCUGUUCUUUCCCUUAUACUUCUUGAGUCGCUUAAGUACCAGACGUUGUCAAUCAGUCUCGGAAAUUUUCUCGGAGAGCAUAAGGGACUUCAGAGAUAAAGGUUUCACUAUGGGUCGGUUUAUGAUACGAUGUAGUUUGUUCUGUAUUUUAUGGGUGGGCACAAACUACAUGUAUAUAAUGUCAUUGCGAAUACUCCUAGCAACGGACGUAAUGGCACUAUUCGCGACUAAUGUCUCUUUCGUCUACCUUUUGUCUUGGGUUAUAUUACACGAACAAUUUGUUGGGAUUCGUAUAAUGGCUGUGAUAAUCUGCGACACAGGGGUAGCUUUGCUGGCCUACAUGGACGGCAUAACAGGCAGUCCAACUUUGGGGGGCGUGGUGCUGGCGACGUCUGCGGCAGCCGGUUCGGCCGUCUACAAGGUGCUGUUCAAGAAGGUGAUCGGCGACGCCACAUAUGGUCAGGUGGCAUUGUUCUUCUCCAUCAUCGGUAUGCUGAACGCUGCCCUACUGUGGCCGCUUAGUCUGGGGCUGAUUCUCACAGGGGUGGAGACGCUUGCGUGGGAGCGUUUGCCUUGGCCCGCGUUGCUUGCAUCCUCCUCUUUAUAUCUAGUUGCCAAUCUAUUGGGAAACUUCAGUGUUGCCCUAACCUACGACUUAUUUAUUACUUUAGGACUAAUUAUGGCCGUCCCUGUCUCCGCAGCGUUGGACGUGUUACUUUAUGGUGCUCAAUUUGAGGGUAUGAAAUUGGCCGGAAUGAUUCUCAUCGCCGUAGGAUUUUUCCUUGUCAUGUUCCCUUCUAACUGGCCAGAUUAUAUCACUAGAUUGCUCAGAAAUAUCAUCAUGUUGAGUCACAGUGCGAGUCAUGCUAGUACUGCCGCUCGACCUGAAAUGGAGCAGGCGGAGCAGGCAUGGGAGCGGACAGGGGCAGCACCGUCGCGACGACGUCGACUAUCGCACCGGCUAUAUUCGCUCGCAUCUCCGUUCACCGUCGGGCAGGGUGCGGUGACCGUCGACGCCUAGCCGCCGUCUCAGCCAGAGCUUAGACUUGGCGCCGACGCCGCCCCACGUCGCGCCCGCUCAGCUCUACAAUGACCAGGACUAUCUGCUAACGGUGCUCUGAACGUCGCAACGUAACGUCAAAGCCAUUAGCUUAUAGAUGUCGACUCGUCUCUGAACGGUGGUUGGGAAAUAUGGAUUUCGAUUUUAAUAUAGGAAUUUCUGAAUAACGUAUACUUGUACUUAAUUGAGUACAAUAUGGGACUUACAUUGCACGACUAUGAAUUUCAAUAUCGACACACGUUAUAGAAACAGGAAAAUUAUAUUGAUGUAAGUGGAUGUUCAAUGUGGAAAUUGGCUAAUUCCUUAAGUGGUUAACAACUAAUUAAUCUAAGGUUAAAUUUUUCAAAAAGGGUAUCUGCAAACAGGAAAUAAUUUAAACAGCUGCAGCUAUGAAUCCAAGAAGUCUGAUAAAACUUCAAACACUACCAAUGUAAACCAUACCUGAUUCACAUAAUCAAUUAAUAUAAACAUUUCAGAACAAACAAUACUAUAUUAAAUAUUUAAAAUAUGUGUCAAUAGCCAACUAUGUAAAUGUGGUCUAUCGUAUUUCGGAAAUCAAAAUCCUAACUAUACUCAUUUGACUAUUUCGAUGAUAAAUGUAAACUCCCCUAUAUGUAUAAUAAAAUGGAAGAACUACUCGAUGUGAUAAAAUAAUAAUAAAUGGAAUAUUUCAAAUACAUAAAUGUUUCGUACACAUAUUUACACAAGACUAGAGCACUAUAAUAUUAUACAUCAAUGUUCAAUAGAAUAGAAUCAAUGUUAAUAUUCAUUAAGAAAUCGAAAAAUCCGUUAUUAACACAAGAACCCCUUGUAUAAUAAAUAGCAUGUAUUUCUGCUAAGUAUUUAAACAUAACAAUUUGCAACAUCAAUACUAUUUGCGAUAUAAACUUUCCACAUUUUCACUUUUAUUAGACUAUUUAAAAUCAAUCAAUACAUUUUUAUACAUACUAAAUUAUAAAAGUAUUUAGUGAGACUGAUAUGUUAGUUAAAAAUAUGUUCAAUUCCUUGUAGACUUAGUUCUAGCUUUAAAAUUUUGAUAAAACGGAACAACAUAAAUAAAUAAUAAUAAAAGGAGAACUUAAAUGAUGAUGGUGUAAAAAGAAGUACGUAUGUAAAUAUUAUUAAAUAAACAAUGACUGUAUUA